AUGGACCCCCAAGCUGGGGCACCUAUUCAAGAGCCUCUAGCUCCUCCUCUUGCUCCAAAAACUCCCCCUCGUGCUCCAGAUGCCCCCCUUGCUCCAGGCAAGCCGAAACCAAGGUACAAGCUUCGAUUUACCAUGGCAGGCCACAAGAUGGGACUCUCUUGUGUGAGAUUCAGCCCUGACGGCGAUUAUGUUGCUAGCUGUUCUGCCGAUAAAAAGAUCAUAAUAUGGGAUGUCUACACUGGGCAUCAAGUCAAAACACUCGUUGGACAUAACGAAGGAUUGUCCGAUGUGGCUUGGUCUGGUGACAGCAAGUAUCUUGCCAGCGCCUCUGACGAUGGGUCUAUUCGCAUAUGGUCCGUAGAUGAAGCACGGACGCUCAGAAUCCUUAAAGGCCACACAAACUUUGUCUUCUCUGUCAAUUAUAAUCCACAAUCGAAUCUCAUUGUUUCCGGAAGCUUCGAUGAGACGAUAAGAAUAUGGGAUGCUGAAAGAGGGAAAUGCUUGAAGUCCAUCUCGGCCCAUUCCGACCCGUGCACGGCUGUCCAGUUCAAUCGGGAUGGAACAUUAAUUGUGUCCUGCAGUUAUGAUGGUUUAAUCCGAAUUUGGAAUACAGCAACAGGCGAGUGCCUUAAGACUCUCGUAGACGAAGCCAACCCAUGCGUCUCACAUGUCAGGUUCUCACCCAACGGGAAAUUUGUCCUAGCAUCUACACUUGACAAUACGAUCCGUCUCUGGAACUUCCAUACUUCCCGCGUUCUGAAGACUUACGUUGGUCACAAGAAUGAUGCCUACUGCAUAUUCUCUGCGUUCAGUAUCACUGGAUCCGGCAAAUGGAUCGUCAGCGGCAGCGAAGAUUACAGCAUCUACCUUUGGGACCUACAGACAAAGGAAAUCGUUCAGACACUAGAAGGGCAUAAAGAUGUAGUCGUUGGUGUUGCAACACACCCAACUCGUAAUAUCAUUGCCUCCGGAAGCCUGGAGAAAGAUCCCACCGUGAGACUUUGGUAUGAAGAUACUGAGGACGAUGCAACGGAAGGGAGCGCAGAAGACGCCCCUGACCAUGGACAAUAG